GUCCACACUCAGUCAGUCCCGUUCAGUCAGUCGCGGUGGCCAGACACCCCUCUAGCAGCAGCAGCAGCAGCAGCAGCAGACAGGUGGGAGAGGCGCGAGCACCAGUCAGUCCUUUCCGUCCCAGCCUUGCUUGCCGCACACCUUGACCUUCCUUCCGCCCUGAGCCUCAAUCAAGGAUGCGUCGGUGGCUUCCAGACGUGGUGACUCUUGUGCUCCUGGUGGUGGUGGUGGUGGUGGUGACAGCCGUGCCCCCCCAACGAACUGAUCUUCUUCAGACCAAUGCCCCCGAGGAGCCAGCGGCCGUGGAUACAGUGGAGGGGAGGUCCAGGAGGCAGGUGGCUGAAGAGGAUCCAGGAAACGCGGAGUCGAAUGUGCCCCCGCCACCGCCCUCCGUGCCGCCUCCGCCGCCACGGUCUCCUGACCGCACAAACCUUGUUGACCGCCAAGGCCCCGCGAAACCUGCGUUACGCCCCCGCCCCCCCGCCCGGCAAGACGAGGGCAGGCGGGGGCGCCAGGAGAGCGAGCCCAUACCUGAAGAUUCUGAGCUGUGUGACUUCGGCAGCAGUCCCACCCAGUCCCUGUGUGACUGGACCAACCUUGAGGUGACGCAGCUCAAGUGGCACCCAUCUACUGGAGAGAGCGCCUUCUGGCUGGGAGGUCCUGGGGUGGAUGUGUCCUACGGUGACAGCCAGGGGGGCUAUGCUGUGUUUGAGACGUCACAGAUUCCUCAACGGGUUGCUGGCCAGUCCAUCUUUGAGUCGGCCAUGCUGAUGUCCCCGCUGAAGGAAUCCACUGGACCUAAGGGGAUGUGUGUCAAGUUCUGGUAUUCCAUCGCUGGCUUGAGUCCUGAUAAGAUUCGCGUUCUGCUGCACCCCAUGGCUGAGAACAUAAGCGUGGGUAUGCCUGUGGAUGAGGUGAUGCAGGGGUACGACGGCAGCGAAGACGUGGUGCUGUGGGAGGCGAGGGACAUGACCAAUGGCGAGUGGAAGGAAGGACAGAUCGUGUACACCUAUGGCAAGAAACACUCGGUAAUUUUUGAGGCAAUCCCAGUGGACAGUGGAGACAACAACCGGCGCUUCAGAGGCUACGUGGCCGUGGAUGAACUUUCUUUCACUGACUCCAAGGAAUGUGGGGCGUUUUGUACCUUUGAGGGCGGCACCUGUGGCUGGACCCAAGACUCCAAUGAUGACUUUGACUGGACUCUGAGUCGUGGAAGCCUCAACCCCAGCACUGGGCCACCCCGUGACCGCUCCUCUUUUGCCAACGAGGGUUUAUUGGGCGGCUAUGCCUACAUUGACACUGGGUUCCCUCGACGGCCUGGGGAUGUCGCACGCCUCAUGAGCCAGGAGUUCCAGGGCACCAACCCUGACGGACCUCUCUGCAUGCGGUUCUGGAUACACAUGUAUGGCAAUGGCAUUGGUUCGCUGCGUGUGCUGAUCUACGAUGUGAACACUGCACAGGACACUGUCAUCUGGAAGAUAUCUGGGGAGGCUGGCAAUGCGUGGUACCAGGGGCAGGUGCCAAUCUCAUCCUCCUCGCCCUUCAAGAUUGUGUUUGAGGGCCAGGUGGGUGCCAACAACCUUGGGGACAUUGCCAUCGAUGACAUCUCCAUCAUCCAGGGGGCAUGUCCCAGUGCACCACAAGUAGCAGCAGGUCAAAUUGGUGACUGUACCUUUGAGGUGGAUGAGUGUGGGUGGGCAAGUCCAGGUCCCAGGGAACGGCUGGAUGAGAUGGACUGGGUGAGAACUGUGGCUGCUGACAACAGAGCCCCAGCUCGUGACCACACGCUGGGCACCGUGCAAGGAUCCGCAGCUCAUGACGUGACUACACAAGAUCGGGGAUUCUACAUGACACUGCCACGGGGCACUGUACAGCGGGGUGGGGACAGGGCCUGGCUGGUGUCCCCCACCAUGAAGGGCUCUGGGGACCCCAUGUGUCUUGCCUUCUGGUACUUCAUGUACGAGCCAUUCAUUGAUCCUUCCGGGCCAUCCCUGGGGUCCCUGUUGGUGCAUGAACGAUAUGAGAGUGCAGAGGGAGACAUUGUCACUCGGCCCUUGUGGUCCCUCAAGAACCACCAAGGACCCAACUGGAUGUAUGGCCAGGCCAAGCUGCAGAAUGAACGAGACUUUGUGGUGGUGUUUGAGGGAAUGUGGGGCAGCAGCCGUGCCAAUGGCUUUAUGGCACUUGAUGACAUCACUGUCUUCCGUGGUGACUGUACUACAAUGCCGAGGAAAGGCAGCACCUCAGGGGGAGAUUGUUCAUUCCAGCACAACACAUGUCAGUGGAAGAACAUCACCUCAGACAGUGACUUCCGCUGGACAACUGCUUCCAUCUCCCGCCGUCCUGCCAACCUGCCAGACCACACCUUCGGUGGCCCCAUUGGCUAUGCCUACUUUGACGUCUUCAACCAGAAUGCACGGCCUCAAACUCUCAGCCUGCUUUCCCCGCCACUGGACAAGAGUGAUGACAAUGCUCCUGUUUGCCUCUCCUUCUGGUAUGCUUACUUCGGUGCCUCAGACACCACACGGCUGAAGGUGCUGCGGGAGUCCUAUGACCGUGCUGCAGAGGAAGAAGACCAGCGCUUUAGUGGAUCCAUUGUGCUGUGGGAGUUGGUGGGGAACCUUGGGAGGCAGCGACCUGAGUGGCAGUUUGGACAAGUGGAAGUGGAUGCUUCUACUGAUCAUCGUAUCUCCAUGGUGGGCAUGGCCAGCAAUGGCGGCUUUGCCAUUGAUGAUAUCAAGAUCUUCCCUGGAUCUUGCAGCUUGAGGCCAGAGGCCGCUGAUCCUGCCAUGGGUGCCACUACGGACGAGCUUCCCGUGGAUGUCUAGAUGCGCCCCUUCCUUGCCACGCCCAGCCUGUAAAUGACAGAUGGAAGUUGCAUAAUGAACCGUACCAUCUCAGCAGCAGUGUUGAAAUAAAGGAUUAGUAGCCUGGGACUAUAACUCUGGUACAAGGCCAUGUAUAUGAGUUGUUCGGUCAUGAAUUUUCAUUGAUGUGCAAUAAGAAUAUACAAUGAUAACCUACAGUAGGAGCUGGCAGUGUUGGACCGAUGAACCCAGUGUGUUUACAAUGAAUCGUAGUUGAUCAGUCUGCAGCCCCUUUUGGAAGUCUCCUCACAGUCUUGUUUGUAACUGCCAAAUUCGAGAAAGUAGAGAUCUGUGACUGUUCCAUGAGCGUUCAACGGUCAUGGAACAGUAACUGAGCUGUGCAUUUUUUUUUUCUUUUUUUUUUUUUUUUUUUUUUGCUGGCGAGCUCUUCAUGCCGAGGAAAAAAUAGAUCUGCUUGUCACUGAGUGGACUGGGUGCAUUGGCGGCAGAUUUUGAUAAUGGAAGUGUUUGCUUUGGUGCAGUGAAUUCAAGAUGUUCUUUGCUUGUUUGAAGUGUUUUUUUUUCUUUUUAUCAGGUUAGUUUAAAUGAAAAAAAAAAAAAAAUGAAUGAAUGGCCUUGUACAGUUUUGAAUGGCUGAUGUGGUCGCGGUCAGUAAGUGGCCUACCUGACUGGUUUGACGAAAUGGCCUCAACCUGUCAUACUGAUUUCUUGAAUUUUAUGACAAGCUUAGUUUGUAAUUUUUACAAAAGCCUUUGCCGUUGCUCCCCAGCCUCCCCAUGGCAUGAAGCGCCGAGACUUCCUUUCAAUAUCAACAUUGCAGCAAAAUUUACAAACAUUGUAAUCUAGGGAAGAAGGGAACCGUUGUGGUGCAGUAGGACCGCGCGCGCUUUGGGGUCCUAGGGGUCCUCAGGAGCAUAGAUCUUUCUGGUUUCUUCUUGUGUCAAGUAGCGACAGAAACCAGAAUUGAGCUGCACCACAAGACGAUUUUCUCAUUGUCUGCUUUUGCACACUAAUGGAACCAACAUGAUCAAGAAGGGCCACUACAUCACCACCUGCUGACCGUGUGCGGGCGGGACAGCCUUCACUCCUGCCGGGGCUGCUGCUGAAUGAGUGCCUCUACUGAUGACUCCAAGCUAAGAUUUAAAAAUCUCUUUCCUCCUCCUCCUCCUCCCCUAAUCUCUCUCUCUCUCUCUCUCUCUCUCUCUCUCUCUCUCUCUCUCUCUCUCUCUCUCUCUCUCUCUCAUUUCGCUCAAACAACUCGGUACCCUGCAAUUUUUUUCUUGUAAACAGACGGCGUGUAUUAAAGCACAUAUUUUCAUAGAGAAGAUACGGUGCAAUUUUGUAAUGGCUGCUCCGGUAAUUAUACAGAAUAAUUAAUCGUUGUUUGUUCGUACUAUUACUUGUACCUAUUUUUUUUUUCUUUAGGAAUAAAUAUGAACAACGUGGCCUUAGCAUGGUAGAUUUACUUCAGUACUUCAGUAACCUCGACUUUUGUCAUAGUGUGUAAGUACUUCUAAUGUUGCUCACUAUCUGUUAAGAAUAUUCUCUCUCUCUCUCUCUCUCUCUCUCUCUCUCCACGUUUCUAGGUAGCCGUGUGUCUUUUAGUCUAAAGCAUCGUACUCGUGUGUGUAUGUGUGUGUGCGUGUGUGUGUACUCGUGUGCAGAGUUGUGCACUUGUGUACGAAGAUACAUUCACGUGUACGUAGUAAUAAUUAUACUACAUCUUUUAUAUUCUGGUACUCUUCUUCAGUGUUCACAGUAUACUCAGAUCAACGACUUGUUUCUCAUGCUGAUUUGCAUUAAAGAUCAAGAAUGC